AUGGCCCCCCGUGGCCUGAUUGAUCACUCCCCCCAGCAACCCCAAGCAGUGCAGCCUCUUGCUACUGCGUCGAAUCUUAUUAUCAUUGACAAUUACGAUUCGUUUACCUAUAACGUCGCCCAAUACCUCGUGCUCGAAGGGGCAACGGUCAAUGUGUACCGCAAUAACAAGAUCAGCGUGCAAGAGCUCAUCGCAUUGCGCCCAACGCAAUUGGUAAUCAGCCCGGGUCCCGGCCACCCAGAGACAGACUCGGGGAUAAGUCGCGAUGCCAUCAAACACUUCGCUGGCAAGAUUCCUGUGUUCGGCGUCUGUAUGGGACAGCAAUGCAUCAUCGAUGUAUACGGAGGAGACAUAAGUUACGCUGGGGAGAUUCUGCACGGGAAGACAUCCCCAAUUCGACACGACUCGAAGGGCGUAUACAAGGACGUUCCCCAGGACGUGCAAGUUACCCGGUACCACUCGCUCGCCGGCACAUACACCACCCUUCCGGAGUGUUUAGAGGUAUCUUCUUCGAUCCAAGUGGGGCCAGAUGGGGGCAAAGGAAUUAUAAUGGGUGUUCGACAUAAAAAAUAUGUGGUCGAGGGAGUUCAAUUCCACCCUGAAAGCAUUUUGACCGAGGAGGGCCGGCUGAUGCUCAAGAAUUUCCUGAUGAUGCAGGGGGGAACGUGGGAAGAGAACCAAAGACUGGCCAAGAAAGCUGCAAGUCUACCUAAAGCGACCUCCAACGGUGCCAGUGGCAAGCAGAAGGAAAACAUGCUGGAAACGAUAUUUGCGCAUCGUAAAACGUCGGUGGCAGCGCAGAAGGAGAUCCCUUCGCAGCGGCCUAGUGAUCUCCAAGCUGCAUACGACCUCGAGAUAGCUCCCCCUCUGAUUUCAUUUGUCGGCCGCUUACGACAAUCGCCAUUUCCGCUGUCGCUCAUGGCUGAAAUCAAAAGAGCUUCUCCAUCCAAAGGAAUCAUUUCACUGGCAACUUGUGCUCCUGCCCAAGCUAGAACAUAUGCUCUAGCUGGAGCCAGCGUUAUUUCUGUUUUAACCGAGCCGGAGUGGUUCAAAGGGAGUAUCGAUGACUUACGCGCUGUGCGGCAGGCUCUAGAGGGGAUGCCCAACAGACCUGCGGUGCUCCGCAAAGAAUUUAUAUUUGAGGAGUAUCAGAUCCUUGAAGCUCGACUCGCCGGGGCAGAUACAGUUUUACUAAUAGUAAAGAUGCUCGAUGGGGCUACUUUAGCAAGGCUCUACCGCUACUCGCAGUCUCUUGGCAUGGAACCUUUAGUUGAAGUCAACAACGAUGAAGAAAUGUCAAUAGCGGUAAAGCUUGGCGCGAAGGUUAUCGGGGUCAAUAAUCGGAAUCUGACGAGUUUCGAGGUGGAUCUAGAUACAACAAGCCGACUUCUCGGCCAGGUCCCCAAGGAAACCAUCGUUUGCGCUCUUAGUGGAAUUUCCGGGGCCAAGGAUGUAGUAUCAUAUAAGAAUAAUGGAGUGGGGGCUGUGCUUGUAGGUGAAGCUUUGAUGCGUGCGAAAGAUACUACUGCGUUCAUUCGUGAACUUCUAGGAGGAUCAGAGCCCAUUAUAAAAUCAGCCCCUGGGAGCCUUCUGGUCAAAAUCUGCGGUACAAAGAAAGCAGAAACGGCAAUUGAAGCCAUGAAAGCAGGUGCUGACUUGAUCGGAAUGAUAUUAGUUCCUGGACGGAGUCGACACGUUCCGUUCAAGGAUGCUAUCGCCAUCUCGAGGGCUGUCCAUGAAACUCGCGUCACAACUGGCGGGCUGGCCAGUGACAGAAUUGGCAGCCAAGCAACGGACGCUUUUGCCAAUGCCGCUUCAAAUAUCUCGAGUCAUCGCCCGUUGCUGGUUGGAGUAUUCCAAAACCAACCUCUUGAAGAAAUCCUGGAAUUGCAAAGGGCCUACGAGCUUGAUAUUGUCCAGCUGCACGGGAGCGAGCCCCUUGAAUGGGCUAAUAUAAUCCCAGUUCCUGUAAUUCGAAGUUUCAAGCCUGGCCAACCAGGUCUUGGAAGAAGAGGUUACCACACAGUACCUCUGCUCGAUUCUGGGUCUGGAGGUUCAGGACAGAAGUUGGACAUGAGUGACGUGCAAAACGUUCUCAAGAAUGACGAAGGGCUCCAGGUCCUGCUGGCUGGUGGUCUCAAUCCAGAAAACGUAGCAGACGCUGUACGUACAGCAGGCCAACUGGGCGAUAGGAUCAUUGGAGUCGACGUGAGCAGCGGAGUUGAGGAGAACGGAGUCCAAAGCGUUUCAAAGAUACAGGCAUUCAUAAAAGCUGCUAAAUCCGUCCGGUAA